AAAAUCUGCCUACAAUUCAAAGUCGUAGAAAUCAUCUGCAAACACAAUCCUAAAGUCACAAUUCACUAUUCUAAGUCUUUAUUUUUUCCUUAUCUUAUAAAGGCUUUGCAAAAGUACAGUCCCUCUUUUUUUUUGAAAAUCCUACGCCCAGUUCAUUUUGGUCAGCAGUCACCUAGUACACUUCAAAAUGGCGGCCUUAAUGGAAGCGGUCUUUUUCUUCUUGAGCACAUUUUCUUAUUAAAUGUCCCUUAUGGAUGCCUUUUUCUAGUAAAAAUACAAUAAAUUCUGACCCUUUUGGCAUAUUGACAUUUUUAUAUGGACAUCAUUGGCAUUUCUUGGUUAUAAAAAGAGCUUAUUUACAAGCCAUCCAUGUCGGUUGAAGACGACUACGUCCGGUGGCAGAGGGCCGCGACUCGUACACGAGCCCUCAGACCAAGCAAAACAGACGCUUUCUUUGCCGAUGUUAACGCUCUCCUAGACGAACUGAACUCGUUAUAUUUCGGAUCACCAGUUAUCGGCCGACAUGAGGAUGCCUGGCCUGUCCUGUCCAAGUUUGCUGCAGUUGUACCCAGUAAUGGCACCAAUGAUCACCUGGCCACAAAGUUCUGCCAGUUAGUUAUCAAUCUACUCUCCAAGCAAAAGGUGAUCAUUAACCAAGACAUAACAGAUGACCUACUAGAAUUCUUAACCAAAUCAAUCCAGAGCAGUCAAAAAUGGGUGUUACCCGAUCACUUGAAAGCGCUUGGAGCUGUUCUGUACGAGAAUGCACCAAUGUGCUCUAAGUACUUGGAGAUGCUUCUUGCUGAACCACCUACAGGAUUAUUGGCUGGUCUUAUUUGCGAUCCUGGAUGGGACAUGGAAACAAGAUGUAAUGCAGUCAGUUGCAUCGCAAACACCUGUCUCAAAUCCAGCACUGGCCAAACCAUUGGAAGUGAUCAUGUGACAAGAGCAUUCGAGAUUAUUUUGAACACAAUCAAAUUCAAGCCUCAGCAAGCCAUUGAAGAUGUAGAUCACUACAGGCUUUUGCUCAAUGGUCUAAGAGCUCUACAAGUCAUUCUUGUUCUCAUGCCGUCAGUGGAUGCAUCCUACCAGCAGUCUCUUUUGUCUGCAUUAAAGAAUUGCAUGCUUUGUGGUCUUCCUGGUUAUAAACCAUGUUUUCUGGAGAGAAGCAACAUUGCUACAAGUUCAGAACUGCAAGCAGAUGAUUUAUCAUCCGUCAAUCUACCAGUCUUUCCACCCAAAUCAAGGUCAUACCAAAACUCAGGCACCGUCAAGAAAAAGAAAAAGAGAAAUGCUCAGCGAAAAGACAAAGGCUACUCCAACAAGACACCCAGCUACAACUCUAGCCCCAACUUAAGAUUCCCUGUUGACCACUCCUCAACUGAUGCUUUGAUGCCAGCAUUUGCUAAGGCCAGUCUUUCAAAUAGUGACUCACCAAUUUCAACACAAGGUGAUACUUUGAGAAAUGGUGCAAAGCACGAUAGGCCUCAUGUUACAGGGGCUGGGGAUUUGGUCCAUUCUGGCUCAUCAUCCUUCGGGGAGUCUGCUAGUGUGGUUGGAUUAGGGUCCUCCAUUGGACAGGAUACUGGUUCUGACGCAAGGGUAUCUACAAGCUCUGACUCUGAAUAUUCAGACAGUGAGGCUGGACAGCUGCUGAGAUUAAGAUCAAUGAUGUCUAAAGUACGACAAACGGCUCUUGGAUGUCUUCAAGCAGUUGUCAAGGGAAUGAACAAAAAAGUGAUGUUUGGUUAUUGGUCAUCAUUUAUACCAGACACAACUACCAGUGGCUGUUCCUGGUCGCUGUUCUCCAUAAUUCUCAGAGACCCUUCACCUAGGGCUCGGUCAGGAGGGGUGGGAGUGCUCACAGAACUCCUGGACGGCUCCAGACAAUUCCUGGCAGCUGCUGAAGACAGAGAGGAGCUGAGCCCCGCCCGCCCCUACACCUCUUUUUCCAUCAAGCUGGCGAGCACUAUCCAUGAGCUACAUCGGUGUCUCCUCCAAGCACUUAUAGCUGAGACCUUUCUGCCUGCCAAGCUGCAUCUUCUCAAGUGUCUGUCUGUCCUUGUGCUAAACUCGCCCUAUAACAGGCUGAAGACUGGGCUUCUUACGCGUGUUGUUCAUCAGGUUAAGCCUUUGAUCAACAAUAAAGAUUCAAGUUUGUGCAUUGCCGCUUUGACAUGUCUCGGGAUGGUUGUCUCGGUCAAUGCCCCCCUGACUGAGGUGAGAGAAAUAACAAGGCCACCUCAGGUGUCUACCGCCACUGACCCGACACAAAUGCAGGAAGCCAAGAGAGGAAGCCAAGAGGAAAGAACUGGUAAUUCAUCAAGAACAUCAAGAGAAUCAGAAGCUCUAAACGCAUCAGAAGGGAAAGAAACAUCAUGGCUCUUGACAGCAUGUGUCAAAGCUGUUGCCAAGCAACCCAGAGACAUUCAGCCAAUGCAAGUCCGGAUUGAAGCCAUUCAAGUGCUGACCGCAUUUGUGAGGAACUACUUUGAGCAUGCAAGCUCCCAUGUUCAGUUGCUCAGCAAAAUUGCAUCUUCCUACCUCAGUAUCGAUGAACAGACCAUCUCAAUGUUUGCAAUAAAGUUACUGGAAGAACUUUCCAAAACGAUGAAUGUUUAUCUCAGUGGUGAGAAGAAGUCAUCAGAAGUCAGUGUUACUCAAGAAGAGCUUCUUGGGUUCUGGAUGGAACUACUAGAAGGGCCUUUUCUUGGUUUAAUGCAGUCUGGGAAUCCAAAAGGAGCCAAGCUCACGAGUACUGCAAUUGACUGCCUGUCAAACAUUGGACCAAUUGUAUUUGAGAUCUUACCAGAAGACAAGAGGAUCACGUGCAUCACAAUGCUGCUAGGUCUCGCAAACGAGGACGACAACUACAUAAAGGCAUCGGCAGUACGUGCAGUAGGCGUACUUGUGCUUUACCCGUGCCUAAGAGACGACGUCCUAUUCGUCGCAGACACCGCCAAUGCUGUCUUGACUUGCAUGGAGGACAGAAACAUCGCUGUACGCAUGAGAGCUGCAUGGUCGCUAGGCAACCUGACUGACGCUCUUGUCGUGAACAGGUUUUCUGGGAACUCGUCAUUUGUGGAAGACUUCUCGGACAUGUUGCUGCUCAAGUUGUUGGAUCUUGCCAUCUCCGCCAGUAGCGAUCAUGAAAAGGUCAAAUCCAAUGCAGUGCGAGCUCUUGGUAACAUCUUACGAUACCUCACCCCUGCCAUGCUAGCAAAACGCGGGUUUUCGCUGAGCUUAGAGCGUGCAAUACAGGCCCUGGCUAAUAAUGUAUGCUCCGGUCUCAUGAAGGUACGGUGGAAUGCGUGCUAUGCUGUUGGGAACGUCUUCCGUAACGCAAUCCUGCCUCUUGGAUCCGCCAAGUGGACGGGAACGAUAUUCUCAGCGUUGGAGAGUGUGAUACGCGACUGCAAGAACUUCAAGGUUCGGAUAAAUGCAGUCCUGUCGCUGUCCAUUCCAAAAGAAAGGCAUUGUUAUGGUGACGUCAAUCAGUUUGUCAGUAUCAUAGCAACGCUGAGCAGUGCACUGGAAGCAACCAAUACGCUGACAGACUUCUCAGAAUUCAAAUACCGUGACACGUUGCGACAACAGUUGUGCAACACACUUUGUCAUCUGAUAUCUCUGGUGGCUGUUGAAGACUUGCCCCACCUCAGCCCAGUACUUGACCCCUGCAAGGACUCUUUGAGAGGCUUCCUGAGUGACUACUCUACUCACUUGACAUCACAGACUCCAGAGGAACAACCAGAUCACUUAGAUGUGUCCAUGGAAGAAAAUCAAGGCAAGCAAUCGCUUGAUGACCGAGCACAAAUUCUUCAACAAGCAAGAGUGCAUGUAUGUGAGGAACUAGGCAUCAGUCUUCCAUCUGUCAAGAUUCUACGAGAGGUGCUGGAACCAAUAACGAGACAAGAAACUAGAAGUGCCCCAAUGACAUCAGACUAAAUAUAAACACAGAAAUUGACCCAGAGACAGCAAGGCACUCUGGGAUUUUGACCCAAAGACAGCAAGGCACUCAGGGGUUUUGACCCAAAAACAGCAGAGCACUCUGGGAUUUGAGUCAAAGAAUGCAGGGCACUCUGGAAUUUGAGUCAAAGAAUGCAGGGCACUCUGGGAUUUUGACCCACAGGGCAUGCUGGGAAUUGGACCAAAGACAACAUGCGAACAUAGGCUAGGUGCUUGGAUUUGAUCUACAAGCAGUCUAUCUUCUAGCUCUGGAAAUGGGCCAAAUACAGUAAAAUAACAACAUUUGUUUCAGUAUUUGGAAUAUUUAAUACUAAAAAGCAUCAUUGGCUGUUCUACUGCACACAGCCAACUCUUUCUAUUAUGAACAAAUCUGGUAUUUUAAUACAAAUAUUUUAGGAUAGCAUUUCUUUUUUACAUCAAAGAUGAAAAGUGCUAUUUUUUUUCUUUUGCUUUUGUAAAGAUUGGUAAAUUGUCUUAAGAUAAGUGCUAGAUGUUUUUUCUUAUUUUUUUUUUUUGUUUGGCUUUGAUAUAGAUUUAGAAAUUGUCUUUUGCUCAUACCAUUUAUUUAUCCAUUCUUCUUGGAGGGUGGUCACAUUAGCUGAUCAGGUUCUGAUAGCCAGUCUCUGUCUUCACAUAUGAUGGCUUGCGGUUUACAAGGGCCUGGGGAAAGCACAGAAAAUAUAAUUUAAUCAAUUGUUAUAAUCUUAAAUAAAUUCAGAUCUUUUGUUUAAA